CCAAACUGUAAACUGACCACCUUAGAUUUUAACUGUAUACUUGCAAUUUAAAUGUAGUUUAAGAACAUAGCUCCCUGUGGUCUUCGUCUGAUGUCUCAACCAUCACAGCAAUUAGAUCAUCUGUCAUAUUUUCCAACAGAAACCUACACUAAUAUGCCCACAACAAUGAUGCAAGUUAGCCAGCCUAUUGCCCACUCGCUGGGUGGGCAAACCAUUAAACAAGUGCCAGCCUUGAAGACCAUUCCAAAAACACAGUCAAUUAGCAUCGAACUUGUGGAGAAAUCCAUGUUUAAACCGGCAGAUCUUGGUAUCGAAGUAGUGGACAACGUUGUUUGGCAGAACUGGCAACCUGGUAGAGAAUAUACAAAGAACAUUGUGUUGAAAAAUGUGAAAGUGAAGACACAGAAGAUAAAAUAUAAUGUACCCAGCUCUAGAUUCUUCACCACUCUCUAUCCGAAGCCUAUCGUUCUCAGUGCUGGGACAAGCUUCUCUCUCCCAGUGACAUUCCGGCCCCUGGAGAAAAUAGUGUACGAUGACAAAAUAACCUUCCAUACAAAGGAGGGGACUUUUGAAAUCCUCAUCAAAGCUGUUCUGCCAAAAUAUGACAUAGAGGUACCUGAGAAUAUCAACUUUGACAUGUGUGCAGCAAAAGAUUUCAUUGAGGCGUCAUUUACUGUCAGAAAUUCAGGUGACCUGCACACAAGUCUAGACUGGGAGGUGUGUGAACCCUUCACCAUCCAACCAGGGGUCACAAAGUUGCAGCCAGGGGAAAGCAGAGUCUUCAAUGCUACAUUCAAACCUGAUAGUGCAACAGUGUAUGAAGCCACUGCCGUAUGCAGUUAUGGACCCGAAGGAUGUAUGUCCAAGACGGCCAUUUUCAUUGGAAUUGGCAAAUACCCCCACAUCAUCGUAUCGUCAGUGGGUAAACCCUCGACCACCCUCAACAAAGAUAACCUGGAGGCUGUGAUUCAGUUCGGUCCCACUGCUGUUGGGACCACCGUACAGAAAAUGGUGGAGCUUCAUAACCUCGCCCCAGUUCGAGCCCCAUACAAGGUCGAGCACACUUCAGCACUCAGCAGGAUUGAUACAGUGUUCCAGUGUCCCAAAAUGACUGGGAUUGUGCCCCCCAUGUCCUCUGUGAAAAUUUCAAUCUCAUACAGUCCAAAUACGGUUGACGUGACAAGCGUAGAUUACUUCAGUGUUGUAGCGAUAGGGAAAGUCAGUAAAAGUGUGAUAAAAUGUGUGGGAUCCUCAAUAGGUCCUGAGGUAGCGUUAAGUGCAAAGGUUGUAAAUUUCCUGCAGAUCAAUGCAGGAGAGGAGGCAACCAGGACAGUCGACAUCGUCAACAGCUCGGACAUUGACGCUGAAUUUCAGUUUAUGAUCGACUGUUCAGAGAGCGUUUUCAAGUUCAAGCAAAUCUCCGGCUGCCUAAAAGCAAACAGCUCUAAGACGAUUAUACUGAAGUUUGUGCCGAUCCAUCCUAUCAACUACCACCGUAGAGUCACGUGUGUCGUUCACAAUCAAGGACCACUGUUUCUGGAUCUUAUUGGCACGUGUCAUUCCGAGUUGGUCAAGCCCGCGGUCCUGCAGGCCAAACACCUCGACAAUUUCCGCACGCACGUGGAACGUGGCUUCUCUGUGUACCCGCCAGAACAGCUCAACGAGCUACGUCAGAAAGGGAGACUGGAGUUGGACGAUGCUGGAGCCCUCAUGGCCCCUUCGAUUGGCACAGUGGAGAACCCAUCAGAACAUCCCCUGCACCAAGUUCCACCGAUGGAUGAAUACUUCAAUGACGGAUUCCACUCUGAUAUCAUUAAUUUUGUGCCACAUGUGAGCACAGAUGUGAAUGUUGUGGAUUUUGGAAACUGCCAGAACCUUCGUGUGAUUGAAGACCGAAAUGUUACGCUGACCAAUCACACUAAAGGAAAAAUUACCGUACAAUGGAUGGGAGGUGCUGAGAAAACCUUCACUGUCACCCCAGAUGUGAUUGACAUUCCACCCCUGAAAUCUUGUGCCUUCCAAAUUAAAUUUAAACCAAAUGCUCCUAACCAGUUUUUCGGAGCCGAGCUUGAGUGCUAUGCCUUCUACAAGAGUCUGCGAGACUACAAGUUGGUGGAAGACAGCACCCACUGCCCGCCCUGGUGUGUCACCCUCAACUGUGCAGGUCAAACGUUCAUGCCAAACAACGAAACGUUCCUGCCCCGUUACACGCUGGACGCAGCCAAGCUUGUGUUCCCUGCCGUGAAUGCCAAAGAGGCUACGUACCGUACCCUGUUGAUGAGAAACACCGCGUCCACUCCGAUACUGUUUGACAUAGAGAAGGAUCCAUCGAGCACAUUCUCUGUGAAGCCCUCAAAGGCAUUGCUGAAAGGAGAACAGCAGGUGUUCGUUGUGAAAAUACUUCCCAAGGAGGUGAAGACAUACAAACACAAGCUGACCAUGCGACUGAAUGACAACGAGAAAUACAACAAGGAGCUGGAGUUGGUUGGUUCUGCCGAGGCCCCGCUAGUUCUUCUGGAUACCCAGGGAGAAAUCUUCUUCAAACCAACGUGCGUUGGAACAUCAUCCAAGCGCACAUACAUGAUCAAGAAUGUGUCUCGGAUUCCUCUGAGGUUUGAGUGGAAGCUGAGGUUUGCAGACAAGAACCUGCUGUCAGUUGUCCCCGAGGCGGGUAUUAUUCAGCCCAAUGAAUCACAGUCCCAGAUUUGGUCGUUUGUACCAAAGCAAGAACAGAAGUACGUGAUGAAACCAGCGCUGGUAGUUUGGGGUCAGGGGCUCAGUUCCACGUCGUCAGGAGGCAAGAAGAAGCAGUUUGAUGUUCGAGCGGUCGGUGAGGGAUCCAUCGGUGAUAUCAAGGCGGAGGAAGGCUACCUAGACUUUGGUGACGUGAUUGUUGGCAGCUCGGCCUCGAAGCACAUCACACUGUUCAACAACAGCAGCUGCAGCCUGCACUACCGGCUCUCCAUUGACCAGACCCUGGAUGGACCGUAUCCAGAGGAAAUGACGAGGACCGAUAAAAUUGGACUCGAACUGGACAGAAUGGAGGGCAUUAUACCAGCGCGCUCUCGACAGAUCAUAGCCGCGAUGGUUCGACCAAUCAGACGAGUGACGUACCAGUUCGCCAUUUCGUACCAGCUUAUAACCCCAGAAGAUGUCUCCAGUGCCUCCACCCAGGAACCCCAGCAUCUGUGUCACAUUCUUGUUACGGGGGUUUUCCCAACAAUGUCCAUCACAGAUGCCCGCUGCUUUGGAAGUGCUGUUGGCAUCAGCAAGAAGCAGCUGUGGUCACUUUUCUCCUUGGACAACCUCAACGUUUGUCUGGACUCAGACCCGUCGGCUCGCGAGCUCAUGUACAGCGUGCAGACUCGACACAGCCACCAGCGCCGCCCGCCUGUAUACACGCGCGCCAUCAUGGACUUCAACUUCAGCGCUGCGCCACUGGGUAGCGAGGCGUGCUUUGUGAACCUGAUGUUUGAGAAUACGGGCACCGUUGCAACAGAAUGGGCCUUCCUGUUCCCGUCUGAUCUACAUACGGAGCUGGAGUAUUGGGCAGAGACUGGGGAGUUUGAUGAGGAUGAAUUGCACGAGAUGAAGGUCAUGGACAACAACCUGUUCACUAUUGAGCCUCGCAAGGGCAAACUUGACCCAGGAGAGUGCGGUAGCGUCACGUUCAGCUAUAAACACUUUAUCGCCGGAACUGACAGGCUGCCCGUGCUGCUGAAGUUGGCCCGUGGAAGAGAAAUCCUGUUGAAUUUCAUCGGUGUGACUGUUGACCAGGACAGACACUACAUUCACUUCCCGUCCAGCAAGCACAUGUUCACACCAGUGCCUGUGGGAGAAAAGAUCAGCCCUAAACAGGUGUAUGAGCUGUAUAACGGUGGAGCCACAUCCGUCCGCUACCAGUUUGACCUCACACCUCUUGACCUCAUACGUCAGGAGAACUUUGACCAGCCAAUCUUCGAGUGCCUCAAUCCGAUGGGAGAAAUCCCACCUGGGCGAUCUUUGAACAUUGAGUGGAGAUUUUCACCUAUUGAGGCUAAGACUUACAUGGUGGAUGUCCCAAUUCAUGUGCACAAUGGUGACACGGCCAUUGUUACGUUCACGGGUGUCGGGUAUGACAAGAGGAUCAUGGGAGAGACCAUGCCCAUGACUGACCAGCAAGAUCUGACCGGAGUGCCCGGAGUGCAGAGCGUGCCAGUUCCCGGACAGCUGGCGUUCCUGUCACAAGAGAGGAUCUCCUUCGGGAAUCUGCCCCUGUUUUGCCGUGGACGUCGGAUGGUGUUUGUGAGCAACAAGUCGAAGAACCGCCCCGUGUCAUUUGAGUGGCAUGUUACCUGCCCUACUGAUAGUCAGUUCCUGUCCAUUGGACCCGUUCGAGGAUACCUGAACCCUGGUGAAAGCCAGAUGUGUCGUGUGAACUUUGUAGCGGCCGGUCAACCCUCGUUCUACGAUCUAGACCUCGUCUGUGAGGUGACAGACCAAGUUGAGUACAAUGACUACAAGAACAGGCUUGCAGAAUGGGAGGCGGAACGCUUACGACAGAAAUAUGAGUUCACGAUCACAGAAAACGAUCUUGAUGCUGAUAAACGCAUUGGCAGCCCAGAGAUAACGGACUUGGAGCCACAGAAGCAGAAGACAGCUGACGAUGCGUUGAGGAUGAGCGAAACAGACUUUGCUAAAUAUAAGACGCUGCCGCCAAUAAGCAAGCUCUCGCCUGACGAGGAGAAAAAUGAAUGUGAGCGACGCCACAAGAAGGCCAAUGAAUUGUGGGAGAAACCAGAACCUCCCACGCCCUUCUUACUUCACCUCGGUCUUACAGCUCGCACCCACGACAUUCGAGCCUUCCAGGCAAACUUCCCAGAUGAGUACCGCAAAUAUUAUGUUGAUCGGUGCCUCAGUGCAAACGAAGAAAAGAAAGAUGCACCAGUCGAGAACAAAAAGACAGAGAUUAUCGACUGCAAACAGUCGGAAGCAGAUCUGAUAUCAGGAGUGAUGGCUAAUGUUCUCAGGGGCUUGCUGGAUGACUCGGCGUUCCAUGACAGCGUUGUCAAGGUGAUGAAGGACCCAGUGCCUUACUUUGCCCAGAUUGGGGCCAGGGCAGACAAAAUAGAGCCCCGUCAGAGCCCUACCCCACCCAGCUCGCCUGUGGGUCGGCCUGGGACACGUCCUAGCCCGCCAUCACCCCCUUCCAGUAAGGUUUCCUCUGCGUCCACGAAAAAACAGCGUAAGAGUAGCAAGUCAUCUCUGAAGUCCGCGGACAGAAGCAAGGUGAGCACUCCGGACACUAAGGCCUCCAAGACGAGUACGCCACGCUACACAAAGGAUGAGAUACUGAAGGUUAAACAGGAAGAAGAGAGGUUGAAGGGAAAACAGGAAAUGAAAAAACUGCCAGAGUUCGGGAACAGUGUGGAGAGCGUAUUGGAGAACACGAUUUUGAACAUCUUGUCCGAGGCACUGGAGGGAGAGUUCAACAUCACGGCUCGGCCUCGAUUUAUUGCUCUGCCCAAGCGUAAUGGGUCCUCGACAAGCAGAGCAGGAAAACUUUGAGAUAUGACUAUGUGAAUUACUGACUUUGUAUUGUAUUGGAAAUGUUUUAUGAACAUUUUUGAAUAUUGGUUGAGACAUGACUUACUGUGAAUUACUGACUUUGCAUUGUUUUGUAUUGGAUAUAUUUUAUAAACAUUUUUUUAAAUGUUGGCUGUCAUAGAGGAGAAUUUUGUUGUCAAGGUUAAGUUUUCCGAAAGUGUUGUUGAUUAAUUGAAAAAAAAAUGUAUAUGAAGUAUCAGCACAUGUUUUAAAUUUGAUUUUUUGUUUGUUUUCUUUUUUUUAUUUCACAAAUGUGAGGUGUUAAUGACUGACCAAAGGUUUUUGUGAAAAUAAAUUGAAUAUGAAUAUUAAUUGAGAAUAAUGUACAUUCUUAUCUUUAAAUUUGGUUUGGAUAUAUUAAUUCAGUCAUUCAUGAAAUAAACACAUAUACUUCUAACUUCACUGUUCAAAUGUAUAUGAUAUCGUACAUAUGUAUUCUGCAUAGCAAGAGCAAGGAACAAAUGCACGUUUGUAUAUUAACAAGUCGGAAAACAUUGAUAUAUUUGCUAUGAAAUUAAGUUUGUUGUGCUAAUAUGUGCUCAUACGAGCUAUAUAUCAAUUUAAAAUCAUAUAUAUUGCAUUUACUUGUUUUGGAUUAUUUAUUUUGAAACAAGUUAUAUGAUCAUUAUAAUUAUUGAAUUUAGUGUAAAAUAUUAUUUUUAUUGCGGUAUGCUUUAGAUUGCGAUUACACUCACAUGUUCAAGUUUAUUAUAUAAAUAUGUUAUAAUGUAAUAGUAUUUAAUUGCACGACUGCCUGAUAAAUUCUGUGAUGUCAAUUGAUAGCUUUUAUUGCAGACUAGAGAUUUUACACACACACUUCAUUUUCUUUCAGUACUUAAUAUAAAGAUAGAUCAACUGUCAAAAUACAGCCUGACCAAAAUUAUUUUGUGCACGGAACCCUUGAAUCAGUUCUGUUGAUAAAAAUCCAACAUUAAUAAUGUUCCGCAGUAUAUAUCCAGCUCUGCAGUGCAUUGAUGUUCUAUUCUAUUAAGUCAUCUGUCAUCUUUAUUUAAUUGUUUCUAAAAUUUAUUGAUCCUUCUUAAGAUAUUUUUGAACUUGUGUGUUUUGUCACAAUUAGAAUUUUUCAUAAGUUUGGUCUGUAACUGUCUGUGAUAUAUACAGAUUUUUAGUUGGCUUUUGAACCUUUCUUGUUUGUAAAUAUUGUGUGUGCAUGUGUAUAUGCUUUUUUACGCUGAUACAAAAAGCUCCUAUGUAAAAACUGAAUUAAUUUAUUUUUUAACUCUGGCUAUUUUGCAUUAAGGUCAUUUUUAGCUCGGCUUUUUUCGGAGAAAACCCGAGGUAUUGUCAUAGCCAGCUCGUCGUCCGCCGUUUGACGUCCGCGUCGCGUUAUUUUUGGGUCUCUAGGUCAAAGGUCAAUGGUCACUGUGACCUCUAAAAAAAAAAUUCUGACAAGCUUUCGCAGCCGAGCAUGGCACCUGUUAUGCGGUGCUCUUGUUACUUUUAAAGAUUGUGAAAAAGUAAAUAUGACUUAAAUCGUACUAUUUUAUCUUUUGCUAAGCAGAAAACAUUUGAAUAAAUUAUAAAUUGAUUCCAAGUUUCACUAAAGUACAACUUAGGAUUUUUCCUUUCUAAUACUGGCCCUCAAUCUU